AUGAGCAAUUCGCCAUCCUUUCGUCGUUCACGAAUGGAACGCACUAAUAAUUUAGACAUGUCCACAUCGUCAUUGUUUGGUCGUUUUCAUGGAAAAAAGAAUACUUCCAAGUACCCAAUGGAAUCUCUUGCAGCUUUGCAACCUCUACCACGUCAUUCCCAUUGUCGAAUGUUAUCUCGUGACCGUAAACGGCCGAUGAUUAUUUACUAUUCUUCCAACGACGUUGAUGAUUGUGAUGAAUUGAUUACGGAUGCAUCAAUGUUUACGGACGAUGAAAUGUCGGAAGAUGAAUCAUCACCACGAUCGAAACGAUCGAAACGAUCGAAUAAUAAUUAUGGCGAAGAUCGGUUUGUGGAGACUGAGUCAAGAGCUCAAGACUUUAGUACAAGCGUGGGAUUAAGAGAUACGAUGGCUCGUAGUCGUGGACCACUCAUGCGAAUGUCGCAAUCGUUCAGUCGUGCGUCUGAAAGAAUUGAUAUCACGAUGCGGGAUGGACGUCGAGACACUUGUCGAGCAGCACGACAAAGUGCCAAAUAUGACGUUGCAUGGCGACAGGACGAUGAAAGUGCGUGUUGUCAAGUCUGUUUUGCCAUGUUUACGAAAUUGUCUCGACGUCGACAUCAUUGUCGAGUUUGUGGUGAACUCGUGUGUGGUGCGUGCUCACAAGACCAAGUUUCGCUUACAAACAAGUUUAAAACCCCUCGUCGGGCGUGUGUCGCAUGCUGUACGUUGUUGCAAGCAAUGGCGCGUGCUGGUGACAAUCGUGUGGAAAUUGUCAAACCGGACGUGGCAGGGGCAACUCUAAUCAAAAGACAUCACCAAUCGGUCCCUGUCGGUUCAACUUGUCACUCACCGACGAUGCCUGCCCCCGCAGCGACACCUCGCUACCGUGAUCGACUUGCGGAAGUGCGCCGAGUCAUGGCUGCUGGCAAACUUUCACGUCGGCGUGGAAGUUCCGAGAAGAAAAUGUACGUGAUCUCUAGCCGCUGGUUGCGUAAUUGGGUGGCGUUUACGUCGUCAGCAUCGAGUUCGAACUCGAAUUGCGAUCUUGACUACGGCUUUGAUACGGACAUGGCCAUUUCUGCUUCUAACAACGAUGAUAUCAAUACUAUGGGUCGUGCCCCUGGACCGAUUGACAAUCUAUCCCUGCUUGAACUUUCACGCGGUAGAUUGAUGCGUCGUCCCGGUCUCAUCCGGGAUAAUGUAAUUUCCGGCGACGCUGCAAGGGCCGGUGAAGAUGCGGAUUUUCAGUUGCUUUCACCCGAAGUUUGGGAAGUUUUUCAGCGUUUUUACGGUGGUGCACCCGCCAUUUACGUUAAUUUGACUAGUGCCGACCCGAUGGCGUGGAUUAUUGAUGUGUCGGAUCUGUUGGCAGCUGGGACCGAUGCCAAUGGCAACAAGGUCCAGGUGCCUCCUGCGGUUGAUCAUGCAUUGACAAGUCGCCAUAAGAGCGAAGAUCCACUUUGUGAUCUAAGUGCUGGUUCUAAUCAAGCCCAAAGUCCGACAGCAUUUACACCAGUGAGUUCACACACACCAGUGAGAAGUCGAUUCACGAGGUCGAAGUCAAAGCAACAGCCACCGGAGAGUCCGGUGUGGACGGUGACGAGCAGCAGCAGUAGCAGCUCGUUGAGUGAAGAGAAGGAACGGGUUCGAAGCCCGACAGGAAGCGAUCAAAUGCGAUUCGAAGACUUGACGGCAGACGUUUCAUCGCUGUCCAUUGGAGUGAUAAAGGUGCCGACUGAGAGUGACGAUGACAUGAGGGCCACCACCUCUGUUCGUAGCCCUACCGCUGCAUAUGCAGCUUCGGCGUUUGCUGUCGCUAUGAAGCAGGCGAGACUGAAUGCCCAAAAGGCGAUCGAUGAUCGUGCGUCACGCGUCAUCGCAGCUUAA